UGAUUCGAAUGUUUGUUUGUUUUGAAAAAAAUUGAAAAAUUUUUAAUUUUUUUUUUUAAAUUUCAAGUUUUCGAUUAAAAAUGACUUUAUCAGGAAAUUUGGAAAAAUUAAAACAAUUUUUCCAUGACAAUCAUGCAAAUGUAAAACCAGAAUGGUUUGAACAAAAAUUAUGUUUUGAUUCUUCAUCAACGAAUAUCAAUGAUUUUAAUAAAAUAUUUCAACAAUGGCUGAAUGAAGAUUGGAUUGAAACAAAUGAAUGGUGUUCAAAAUCCCUACCGGAUGAAUUAAAUUUAAAUCUAUUCAAUAUUGAAAAACAAACUUUCAAUGGUUAUUUUAUAUUGCAAGUUGAAAAAAUGAUCGAUAUAUCAAGGCCAUUACCAACGAAAAUUAAUGUCAGAAAAAAUGUUAAAGCUAAAUUGAAAGAAAAACAACGUAAAAUGAAUGAUAAUAAAGAUGAUGAAUUGGAAAAUGGUGAAGAAAAACCUGAAACAAAAGGAAAGAAAAAUCAAAAUCUAGCAAAAUUCUAUGGAUAUGGAAGAAGAUUAUGGCAAUUUUGUCUAACUGAUGGUUAUCAAAAAUGUUUAGCCAUUGAAUAUGAACCAAUAAAUUGGCUAAAACAAUCAAUAAUUGGUCAUAAAAUUUUACUUUAUGGAUCAUUCGAUGUUUAUAUGGGAACUAUUCUAUUAAAAGCAUCAAAUAUAAAAUUAUUAUCAACAACUGCAACUGCAACAACAAUUCCAAAAUUAACAUCAUCAAAUUCAAUUGAUUUGAAUGAAAUAUUAGAAGAUUAUGAUGUUGAACUUCAAAUGGAAGCAUUAAGCAAUCAAGAUGAUACAUGGAAAUCUUGAU